GGUUUCUCUUUAUUCUCCUCUAUCUAUCUAUCUAGCUUUCUAUCACCUGUAGAUUGCAGAGUAUCAAUCAAUAGUCGGAUUCAUUCUCAGCAGAAGAUGCUGAUCUUCUGCCUUAUACCAUUAGUUAGUGGUAGCUUUGCCGACUACAACCAGGGGCUCUCAGGAAACCUGAUCAACGACAUGCUUAACGACAAUGAUUACUAUGAUGUUGAAGGUAAUACUGUAGAUGAAAUGGGACCAGUGUACGGACAUACAGUUACUAAUAAAAUAGAACCUAAGCCAGAGACCCGACGAAAGAGUUCCCUUCUACCAGCCUACUGUGACCCACCUAACCCCUGCCCUCUAGGUUACACUGCACAGGAUGGUUGCAUUGAGGAGUUUGAAAAUAAAGCUGAAUUCAGUCGACACUACCAGGCCUCUCAGACCUGUAUGUGUGACUCUGAGCACAUGUUUUCCUGUCCUCAACAAGAAAUGGAUCUCUACGGGAUGAGCAAACGACAGAGCGAUGGUAUUGAUCUACCAAAGAACCCCUUCGAGGAGGAGGAGGAGUCCCUUAACCCAUUCCUAACAGGACCUAAGCUUCCAAUUGCGGCUAAGAAAGGAAUGGUUUACUAAGGAAGCAUAUAAAAGGAAGACGACAAAAGAAAACAUUGAAAAUCUGCGAAAAUUCGUGUGGAAAUUCUGGAUGACGAAAACAACCAUUUUAUUUAAAGAACUAUUGCUGAAAUUGAUAUUCUGUUAUUUAAAAAACUAGAUAUAUUGUAUUGUCUGCUACUAGUAUCAAAUAUAUUGUUAUAUUUCUAAAUGAA